CGGUUUCACACAUUUGCCGCUAGAGGACAGCAGCAGAGACAACUUGUGACGUACUGGACGCGAGUUGCAGGGGGAUGAUCAAGGAAGCAUUGCAGUUAUUAGCCAAGAAAUGGAAUUCUUAUAAGUAUCGAUUCGUUCCAUGGGUAGCCCUCAACCUCCGCAAAAAUGAGAGGACACUACGGCAGGUUGAGGAGCAUUCCCGGGACAAGCUCAUCUCUGACAAGGAUGUCUCUGUUCACCUGUUGAAACUUUUCCAAGUUCUCUUUCAGAACAGUCUUACUACUCAGGUGGAGGCUUUUCAUUUGUUACCACCACAUGUACAAUCAGCCUACCAAAAAAAGGCAGUUGACCUAGGGACCUCAAAGAGGACUGACUGCUGCAGGAACCGAACAAGCAUCUCUUCCAGUGAAGUCAUGUUGAAUACCCUGGGCUUUUGUAUUGACCGAGCUCCCAGCUCACUCCCCACUGCAGGAACAGGUGUUUUUGUUACUAAAGGAAGUGUGCCAAAGGGGGCUAUGGUGUCUAUGUAUCCUGGUACUGUCUAUCAACCAUAUGAACCAGUCUUCUUUCAGUCAUUAUAUAAUCCAUUUAUUUUUCGGUGUAUUGAUGGUAUACUUAUAGAUGGUAAUGACAAAGGAAUUUCAAAGACUAUAUUUAGAUCUUGCCUUAGAAGGGACAGGCUGGGUCCAUUCCUAUUUGGUGAUGAAACAUGGCUUACAGAGCAACUAAAAAACCCACUUGCUGUGGGUCAGUAUGUCAACAACUGCACAAAUGAAAAAGCUGCCAAUGUUUGCUAUCAAGAAUUUGAUGUUCCUGCAGACUUUCCAGUUGAACUUCGUCAGUACAUGCCCAAUGUAAAUUAUUCUGUUGAUUCACUCAGGACCCUGCGGUGUGUGGUACUUGUGGCUUUAAGGGACAUCACUCAAGGAGAAGAACUGUUUUCAAAUUAUUACACGGUUGUCCAUUCAAAAUGACACAAGACUGUUAACUGUCACCGUUGCGUGGAGCUUCAACACAAGUAUGACUCUCUAUUGUGCUAUGAAACCAUUUCAACUUUUUGGAAUAAAUACAAAUAUCUUUUUAGUUGUAUUUUGUAAUAAAAAACUUAGUGAUGA